AAGAAAAAAAAAAAAAAGAGUUACUAACGAGGCAAAGUUCCAAAUCCGCAGGCGAUGCAAACAAGAAAGUAGCUACCCAAACCCACACAACUUUCUCCUCCUCUUCUCCGCCCCCAUUUCUCUCUCUUUCUCUCCCCUCGUAUCCAACCAAAUUCACACUUUUAACACUUCUCUUCCCCAAACCCAACCCCACUUCUGUCUGUCUGUCUGUCUCUGUCUCUCUGUCUCUCUCUCUCUCUCUCUGUAUUCCUCUUUCCAAUGGUGUCUCCGUUCCUCGCGAAGGCCACGGUGGGCUCCGCCAUCUCAUUCUCCUCUUCCGUCUCGGCCUCCCUCCCGUGGCGGUUCUCGCACCCCUCCUCUGCGGCAUUUCCGCGGCGGCGGAGGAUCUCGACCGUCGAAGCCAAGAUCAGGGAGAUCUUCAUGCCGGCGCUCAGCUCCACCAUGACAGAGGGAAAGAUCGUGUCUUGGGUAAAGUCCGAGGGCGACGUCCUCUCCAAAGGCGGGAGCGUUUGGGUCGUCGAGUCCGACAAGGCCGACAUGGACGUCGAGACCUUCUACGAUGGCAUCCUCGCCGCCAUUGUCGUCCCCGAGGGCGAGACCGCCCCCGUCGGCGCCCCUAUCGGCCUCCUUGCCGAGACCGAGGAUGAAGUCGCCGAGGCCAAGGCCAAAGCUGCCGCCAAUUCUUCCUCUUCCUCCGCCGCUUCCGCUUCGGGUUCUCCCUCUCCUCCGCCUCCGACUUCGACAGCAGCUCCAGCAAUUUCUCAGCCUUCGCCGCUUCUGCCGACUGCCAAGCCAGCUUCGGACGGACCGAGGAAGGUUGUGGCGACGCCAUAUGCGAAGAAAUUAGCCAAACAGCACAAAGUGGAUAUUGGAUCGGUGGUCGGGACUGGGCCGUUUGGGCGGAUUACUGCGGCCGAUGUGGAGGCAAAGGCUGGAAUUGCGCCUUCCAAGAGCACUAUCAGUGCAGCUUCUGCACCGGCUUCCUCGACGGCGGCGGCUCCUCCGCCUCCCAAAGCUAGUUCGGGUGGUUCGGGUUCUUUGCCGCCUCCACUUCCAGGGUCCACCAUUGUGCCUUUCACGACAAUGCAAGCCGCGGUCUCGAAGAACAUGGUGGAGAGCCUCUCCGUGCCCACUUUCCGUGUUUGUUAUCCCGUCACCACCGAUGCCCUCGACGCACUCUAUGAGAAGGUCAAACCGAAGGGUGUCACCAUGACUGCCUUGUUGGCAAAGGCCACUGCUAUGGCUCUUACUCAACAUCCGGUUGUGAAUGCUUCGUGCAAAGACAGUAAGAGCUUUACGUACAAUAGUAACAUAAACAUUGCGGUUGCUGUUGCGAUUAAUGGCGGUCUUAUAACGCCGGUUCUUCAGGAUGCUGAUAAGAUGGAUCUGUAUCUUUUAUCUCAAAAGUGGAAGGAGCUGGUGGAGAAAGCCCGUUCAAAGCAACUUCAGCCUCACGAGUACAAUUCAGGAACAUUUACUCUGUCCAAUUUGGGCAUGUUUGGAGUGGAUAGAUUCGACGCUAUACUUCCGCCAGGCCAGGGUGCUAUUAUGGCUGUUGGAGCUUCAAAGCCGGUAGUUGUGGCGGAUGUAGAUGGCUUCUUCAGUGUAAAGAGUAAAAUGCUGGUGAAUGUAACAGCCGAUCACCGGAUUGUUUACGGUGCUGACUUGGCUUCCUUCCUGCAGACCUUUGCAAAGAUCAUUCAGAACCCAGACAGCCUCACAUUGUAGAAGGUGUCUCAGGUUUCUUUCUGGUUGAAAGCUUUCGACUCAAAUCUCUUGUUUUCAUUGAUUAGAGGCAUAGAUGUCUUUCCGAAAGAAAAAAAAAGACCUUUCUGUAAAGCAGAACCAAGGAACCUGGUUUUGUUGUGGUUUCUAGCAAUUUUAUGCGAGUGUAGUCCAUUUAUUUUGUUUUGAACCAUUCGAGGAAUUGAGAUGUUGCAUCAGAUACUGUUGAGCUGACUUUGAAAAGAGAAAUAAUAAGUCUAAGGAAUUUUGAAAGUAGUCAGUGGGGAUUUUGUUGGUCGGAAGUAAAAGA